AUGGUUUGUUUUUGCUUUUUGGUGGAUCAGAAGAAGAUGAUGAGGCAGAGUAAGCCCGUGGCCGGUUCGUGUUCACGUUGCGGCCACGGAGCUCAAGUUGCUCAUAUGCGGACCGCUACCAGAUUUUGUUACGUUCCAUUUUACUGGAAAUCAUGGAAGGCUAUUGUUUGUUGCUUCUGCGGUGCUGUUCUCAAAUCUUACAGAUAAUAAUAACAAUAAUAUAUAUGAACCUA